AUGGCCGCGCUGGAGCGGGCCCAGGUGCCGGAGGCGCUGCUGGAGGUCACGAUUCCCACCUCCAUCCCCAGCGCGGAGCAGCCGGGUCCUUCCUGCGCCCCAGCCCCGCCAGGCUUCAACGUGUACAACCCGGCCCUGCUGCAGCAAGGGGAGGACAUUUGGAUCCCGGGAAUCCCGAGCUCCGAGGAGGAGGAGGAGGAAAGGGCCAGACCCCUUCUGAUGCUGUGGUCCAGAAGCAGGAAGCAGUGGAGGAGCUGUUGGGAUGUCGGAAGGUCCUCUGCAUCCGUCACAUCCUCAGAUGAUGGAUGGACAAGCGACACUAAAGAAGACAGCUCCUACGGAGACGAUGGCAGGAUGAUGAAGAGAUCCAAAGGCAGCAUCUCCGUGGGCUGCAAGCCCCAUGGGAGGAGAUCAUCUUCAUCCGGCUACAACAGGAGGAAACCUUAUCCCAAGACACCGCCAGAGCAGCACAAGUGCGGGAAGUGUGGGAAAAGCUUCAGCCGCGGCUCAUCCCUCAUCCGGCACCAGCGGGUCCAUGUUGGGGAGAAGCCCUUCACGUGCUACAUCUGCAGGAGCAGCUUCGCCUGCAGCUUCAUGCUGCAGGACCAUCAGCAGAGCCAGUGCCAGAGGAAGCCCCACAAGUGCCCCACGUGCGGGAAGCGCUUGGCCUCCACCAAAUCCCUGCGGAAGCACCAGCGGCUCCACGGAGAGAGCAUGGCGUACCGGUGCUCUGAGUGCGGGAAGGCCCUCACGUCCAAGUCGUCCCUCGUCACCCAUCAGCGCAUCCACACCGGGGAGAGGCCGUUCCCAUGUCCCGAUUGCGGGAAGAGCUUCAUGGCCAACAAGUCCCUGAAAAAGCACCGCAAGAUCCAUGUGGAAGGAUCUCUCUUUGUGUGUCCGGAAUGCGGGAAGAAGCUGAUGUCCAAGUACACCUUCAUCACCCACCGGAGGCUCCACACCGGGGAGAAGCCCUUCGAGUGUCCCGACUGCGGGAAGAGCUUCGCGGGCAGCAAAUCCCUGAGCAAACACCGCAAGAGCCACAUGGAUCAUGGCCCCUACAAGUGUGCUGAGUGCGGAGAGACCUUCCCAAAGAGGUCCUCCUUCAUGGCCCAUCUCCGGCAGCACCAGAAUCUGCCUUCAGACGCCUUCUCCCGUGGGAAGCUCAGGAAGGUGAGGCCCCACCAGUGUCCUGAUUGCGGGAAGGGGUUCCGGGACAGCACGAGCCUGCGGCGGCACCAGCUCGUCCACACCGGGGAGAAGCCGUUCAAGUGCCCCGAGUGCGGGAAGUGCUUCCGCGCCAGCUCCACGCUCAUCAUCCACCGCCGCAUCCACACCGGGGAGAAGCCCUACGAGUGCUCCCAGUGCAGGAAGUGCUUCACGUCCAGCUCAUCCCUAAGGAAGCACCUGAGGAGCUGCAAGGAGCUGCUGGGAGCGGGCAGUCGGUGA